GAAACUUGAAUUGGUAUCGUGUAUGGUCAAUCGCUUCAUUAUUGUGUUUUGUUGGUCUAGUUUUCUUGUUGCUUCUUCGGUCUUUAUAUAUGCGCUGAAGUGUUGAAUAAAUUGUGGAAAAUAUAAAAGCAAAUUUAAACUGCUUACAAUGAAAUAGAACAAGGCGCUAAGAAACGCGACCAUUGCAGAGCAAUACACUAACAAAAGUUUACGUUAUACGAAGUGUUAAUUCCAAUAAUCAUGCGUUGUUCAUUCGCGAAUAUGUUGAAUGGUUUGUUUAUUUGCGCCCACGUUGAGUGCGUUUAACGAAAGUGUAUGGUGGCUUAACACUGUGAAUACAAAAUACAUAUAUAUAAAAGAAAUCGUUAACAGAAUAUAAAAAUAAUACCAUAAAAUACAAAUUGAAGUAACAAAACGCAAGCACAGCCAGUGCAAAGUGUAUUUAUUGGGCGUGUGUGCUUUUUAAGAAGUGCAAAUACAUAUUGAAAUAAAAGUGAGGAGAGGAGUAAAAGUGCAUCUGUGCGACGAACGUGAGUGCGUAUACGCGCGAGUGAGUCGAGAAUGUGCGAUAAUGACGAAUCCUUUUCGCCACAACAAGAAUCCAAUUUGAAUAUUAAUAUGAACGACAGUGCUGAGCCCUGCGAUCUAAUAACCGCACACAACCAAAGCCAAUUGGCGCAGGAUGCAAUUUCACUGUGCAGUUCAGAAGCAUCUUUCGACCAGCAGCUGCACCAGACCACACAAUCGCUGGCCAUAGCGAGUUCGAUGAUGGCCGGUUUUGGUUAUGACCCCAACAGCGUCGCCAACAAUGGAGGCAGCAUUGGCGCCGGCGCGGUCGGCAGUGGCAGCAAUAGUAUUGUGCGUUAUAAUAAUUUAAAUAUUUUCGGUUCAAACGAGUCUGUGGGUGUAAUGGCAACGCCUACGGUCACAACACCAUCGCUGGCACCGCAAAUUGCUGCCGCUGUGAAUACGGUCAAGAUCAAUGUAGAGGAACUGUUGCGCGAAAAUCGUGCGCUACGCGAAAAGCUCAAGGAAGUCACUGCCGAUCGCGAUCAUUUGCUAUGCGAAGUGUCAAAUUUGCGAUUAGAACUGGAUAUGUCCGAGUUGAAACAGCUGCCGGAACAAAGGUACGAUCUUGAUUGUCGGAUGAAACAUUUACAACUGGACAUUUUUUCACUUACAAAGCAAUUUUUUCUUUAA